UCAAGCUAUCGUACAUUGUGCAGUGCUCAUCACGAAAGAAAGCGGACAGGAGAGAAGCCGUUCAGCUGCCAUAUCUGUGAAGAGGCAUUUGGAACAGAGACCAAGCUGCAGGUUCAUGAAAGGAUCCACACAGACGAAAGGCCAUUUAAAUGCCAGACUUGCCAAAAAGCAUUUGCACAAAAGGGUGACUUGUCUCGUCACGAAAGAGUCCACACAGAGGAAAGGCCAUACAGGUGCCAGGUUUGUCCAAAAGCGUUUGCCCAGAAGAGCAACUUGGUUCACCACAGAAGAGCCCAUACGGAGGAAAAGCCAUUCCAGUGCCAGACUUGCCAAGAAGCAUUUACGCAAAAGUUUGAAUUGUCUCGUCACAACAAAGUUCACCCAGGGGAAAAGCCCUACAAGUGUGGCACCUGCACGAGAGCAUUUGGAGAUGCAGCCAACUUGAAACGUCACGAAAGACUUCAUAAGGAAGAGCAGCCGUUCAGGUGCAAGCUUUGCGAAAGAUCAUUCGUGGACGGGUCUAACUUGAAUGGGAAUUGGAAGAGGUGCCACCUGUGAGGGACGCUCAUCAUGGGUUAUCUGCGGAGAUGGCGUUUAGGUAAGGCUACCUAAAUGUUUACCAUAUGUCUUGCAUUUGAUAAUAAACCUGGAAA